ACAUGGUGCUGAGCUGUGAGCUCCACGCUCUCCUGCCUGGAAGGAAGCAGGAGCCCAAGUGCCCCCAUGAAGAUUAAGGAGCUCUACAGGAGGAGGUUCCCCCGCAAGCCCCCGUCCCCUUCCCACCUCCCCAUGCUCCACACGCAGGCAGGGCCCCUGCCUGCACCCACCACAGAGAGGCAGCUUCCCUAUGGACACAGCUCCAGCCCCAUGGCAGCAGCGUUCCCACUUCCAAGGCCUGGAGCCAAGCAGGAGGUGGAUGUGGAGCAUGGCACCCCCCCCGUGCACCCCCUGCACCCCGAUGUCACGAUGAAGAGGUUGCCCUUCUACCACGUGUAUGAUGAGCUGAUCAAACCCACCACCUUGGCCUCCAGCACCAGCCAGCGCUUCGAGGAGGCUCAUUUCACCUUCGCUCUCACCCCCCAGCAGGUCCAGCAGAUCCUCACGUCCCGAGAUCUCCUACCGGGUGCCAAGUGUGACUACACCAUUCAAGUGCAGUUGAGGUUCUGCUUGUGUGAAACCAGCUGCCCCCAGGAAGAUCACUUCCCUCCUAACUUAUUCGUCAAGGUCAAUGGCAAACUCUGUCCCUUGCCCGGUUACCUGCCCCCCAGCAAGAGUGGUGCUGAGCCCAAGCGGCCCAACCGCCCGGUCAACAUCACACCCCUGGCGCGGCUUUCGGCCACUGUCCCCAACAGCCUCGUGGUCAACUGGUCCUCGGAGCUGGGCCGGAGCUACUCUCUCUCCGUGUACCUGGUGAAGCAGCUGACGGCUGUGGCACUGCUGCAGAAGCUCCGGGCCAAGGGCAUCCGAAACCCAGAUCAUUCCCGAGCCCUCAUCAAGGAAAAGCUAACUGCUGAUCCCGACAGUGAGAUAGCUACAACCAGCUUACGCGUGUCCCUGCUGUGUCCACUGGGUAAGAUGAGGCUGAGGGUGCCCUGCAGAGCCACCACGUGCAGCCACCUGCAGUGCUUCGAUGCAGCCCUCUACCUGCAGAUGAAUGAGAAGAAGCCCACGUGGACCUGUCCUGUGUGUGACCAGAAAGCCCCAUAUGACGACCUGAUCAUCGAUGGGUUGUUUGUGGAAAUCCUCAACUCCUGCACAGACUGUGACGAGAUCCAGUUCAUGGAGGAUGGCUCCUGGUGCCCCAUGAAGCUGAAGAAGGAGAAGCAGGACAUGGGGCAGACCUCUGUGUUCGGUGGCAUUGAGGCCGCUCCCGCUGCGGGCGCCGGGCCCCGGGCGGAGGUGAUCGACCUGACCCGGGACUCGUCCGACGAGGAGGAGCCACCGGUGGCCAAGAGGCAGCGGCCGCUCAGCAGCGCCCCCGGGCACAAGGGGGUGCUGAACAUCCACCCCCGGCCAUCCUCCGUGCUCCGGAGUGCUCCCAUGGCAGCCCUGGGCAGGGACUAUGUCUCCAGCCUGCCCGUUCCUGACUUCCACCCUUCCUACUCGGAGCUUGCAGGUCUGGAGUUGUUUUCCUUCCUUCCAAGUGAAAACCAGCAUUACAGCCCUUCAGUCAUCACCUCCCUGCAGGAGCAGGAUGCCCUCAGCCAUCUCUUCCCAUAUGGAAGCGCUUCCAGGCCUUUCCUUGGCGUCACCCCCAUGUCCAUGGCCGGAUCCCAUCAAACAAGUAGCAUCGUGGCCACCACCACACUCCAGAGCAGCCCCACAGCACAGCCGGGAUGCAGAUCAGACAUCAUCGCCCUAGAUUGAGCGGCAUUCCCGCUGGGAAUAGAUGGGACACAAGGCCGAGUGCUGGCCUUAGGGAUUGGUUUCUCCAGGUGGUACCUGACCACUGCAUUGGGCAAUUCCCACCCCUUGUGCUGGUGAGCGCUGUACCCACUGGGAUUGGGAUGGUGGGUUGGGAAGUGCCUCUUCCCAAGGGUUAAACCAAACCCCCUGACUUUGGAAGCAGCAUCUUCAGCCUGGUUCUAUCCCAUGGGAUUCCUCUAUAGAACUCCAAGAAUUCCAAUACAGAGUCCAAGAAUUCCAAAAGCAGAAUUCCAGCUGGGAAGAAACCCUGCUUUUCAAGGGAAGAAGCCAAUGGGAAAGGCUGGGAUGAAUCCAGAGUCUGGGUGCCCCAUCCCUCCAGUGCAAUUCUUAAAAGCCAAACCUGCCUUUUUCCACUCUUUUUUUACUUCCUUCCAGCUUGGGGCUGGUCAGGGAACACACACAGGAUCUGUAAUUCCAGUUGCAUGGAUAGUUCCCCAUUUUUCCCCCAUUUUCCCAAUGGACAUAGGGAUAACUGAAGGUGGUGAUGUUGCCCAGGUUAUCUAUGGACUGAAUAGGGGUUGUGGCUCCUGGAAUUCCAAGUGGAAUGUUUUUGGGCUGGGGCAGCAGGGAGCAGGAUUCCACUGGGAUGAGGCCUUGUAGCCCAGGUGCUGUGGGUGCUUCCAUGCAAUAAAGGUAU